UGUGGGCGCGGAUUAUCUUCAGUGAGUGAAACUCUAGACGAGAAUGUGCUGCUUGCGGUGGCGUUUUAUCGCUUCAUCUUCUGUAGCCAGUGUGUAACCGAAAGAUCGACGGAGUCACAACCAAGACAAAUACCGCAGACGUGCUCAUUGCCUCACUACAAAAAGCACAGGAUAUGACAAUCCCUAAAACAGAAGUAUUUUCCGAUGCUGGCCUGGAAAAGUAAAAGCUCUCCGACAGACGAGUCGCGGCACAUGCUCACUAUGGCCACAUUGUGUCUCUUCUUCUCUUUGCUUGGCCUGGCUGUCACGGGAGCCGUGAAGAACUGCCAUCCACAGUGUCGGUGUGAAGUGGAGAGCUUUGGCCUCUUCGACAGUUUCAGCCUUACUAAAGUGGACUGCAGUGGAAUCGGCCCUGUGAACGCUCCUGUCCCCAUCCCUCUGGACACGUCCCAUCUCGACCUCUCCUUAAACUCCAUCACCUUCAUCAGCGACUCGAUGCUCUCCGGACCGGGUUACACCACCUUGGUUAGUCUGGACCUGAGCGGCAAUCUCAUUUCACACGCCAGUCCCAAAGCGUUCUCCAAACUUCGCUACCUUGAGACGUUGGACCUGAGCAACAACGCUCUUGAGGAUCUCGGCGACAGCUGCUUCACAGGACUCCCUCUGGUUGAGCUGGACCUGAGUGAAAACAGAUUCAAAGAGUUCAAUCUUGAUCUCUUCACACCCAGAGCACAGGAUGUACCAAUCAUGGUGGACCUGUCACGAAACCUUCUUACAUCCAUUUCCAGGAAGACCCUUGGCCAUCCAUUGAACAUCAAGAGUCUUAUGCUGGCAGGGAACCAACUGAAGAAGGUGCCGAUGCUUAACGGGAUCCCACUUCAGUAUCUGAACCUGGACGGGAAUCUCAUCUUCACCAUUGAUGCAGGUGCCUUUGAUUCGAUGACAGAACUGGUUCACCUGUCUCUCAGCAGCCUGUCUGACCUGACCCUCAUUCAACCAGAUGCUUUUAGAGGUUUGAAGAACCUUCAGGUCUUAGACUUGUCAAACAACAGCCGGCUCAAGACGUUGAGUCCGGAUGUUUUUAGUGGCCUCGUUUCUUUACAAGAGCUCAAUUUGUCCAAUACUCCUGUCACACCGUUAUCAAGGACCGUCUUUACACAGUUGCCAAGCAUAAAGAGCAUAGCUUUAGGUCCAAACGUGCAUUGCUGGAAGACACACAAGCAAGGACAGUUUCACAGACAGAUUGGACAAGCCAAACCUAAUGACAUACUUACCUGUGAUAACGCAGGAAUGAUCUUAUGAGCCUGAAGUUCCAGGAAAGACUCUUUUUCUUAUCUCUGUGCCUUGUUAGUAUCUCAUAAGAUCUUUUUUUAUUUGUAAUUCGAGAUUGCAUCAUAUUUGCACAUACUAUGCCAACAUUUAAGUACGCACAGUACACACAGUACUCAUGCACUUUAGUUACCACAUUUUUGUUCUUCUACUUAAUAUGUAACCUGAAAUUUGCAGUGUGAUGUCAGCUCUGAUGUUUUUUUUUUUUUGUUAAACACUAACAGUCUUAAAUGUUUGAAACAAAGGCUUUGUACAAACACAACAGUGUUGCAGGUCAAUUUACAGUAUAAGCCGUGGUGCCUUACAUUGUAAUUCAUUUAGUAGUAAGUAUUUUGGAAUGAUAUGUUUCUAAUGUUUGGAUGCCUCCUUAUAAUCAAUUUAAAUCACUGUGGACAAUAAAAUUUGGUUCGUUUAAUUUAGUGGGUUUAGUUGGUUUAAAAUGGGGCAUCUUUGAUAGCACAAAGGAUAAAAUACAAUAUUUGGAAUUUAAGAAUUUUUAUGUAACUUAUUAAUUUGUCAGUGAAAAGUUUUCCCAAUACUGAACCUAAAUAUGAUUUACAAAGUACAAAAUAUUACAAAAUCACUCAGACUGAUACUUGACUGAAAUGUAACAUUAAGUUAACAUCUCUUUAUAAUUCCUAAAUCGUCAUUUUACAGACGUUUACUUGAUAUGAAAUUUUGCACUUUUUAAUGAGAUUUGUAUGGGUUUAAAAAAAAUAAAUGCACGAUGAUUGUUCAUCAUGUGAGCUGAGGUAUGUUUAAUGUUUGUACAAAAUUAUACUUCUAAUAAAAGAUAAUCAACUUUACACAUAA